CACACACACACACAUACCGGUUUUAACACUGUGGACCUGCUGUAUCACAGAAGACAAAUGUUACGUUUUAACAUGUUUGAAGCAAAAUGCCCACCUUUGCUUUUAUUUGUUACCACAUUAUUGAUGGUGAGCUGUCACGGCGCUGAACAAGUUCUUCCAGGUGCCACAUGUGGCGAACAUGCUGGAACUGGCGAACUGGAAACAUUUGAAAUCAGCUUUAACUCAACCAAUAUGACUAAUUUCGCCUAUGGAAUUGCUGCAAAUGUGGUUGCUGUGCUGUUGUAUGGAAGCAACUUUGUUCCUGUAAAAAGAAUAGAGACAGGAGAUGGUAUGUUUUUUCAGUGGGUAGUCUGUGCGGCGAUAUGGGUUGUAUCUAUGGUUGGAGAUUUUAUGCUUCAGUCGCCAAAAUUCCACCCUUUUGCAAUGCUUGGAGGUGUCAUCUGGGCUACAGGCAAUAUAACAGCUGUACCAAUUGUUAAAGCAAUUGGCCUUGGUCUUGGGAUUUUAAUUUGGGGUUCCUCUAGUUUGUUGAUGGGCUGGGCCAGUUCAAGAUUUGGCUGGUUUGGGAUUACUGCUCAGGAUGUUUCCAGGCCGAUAUUAAAUUAUUGUGGAGCUGGGUUGUGUCUGCUCAGUGGCCUGAUUUUUUUCUUUGUGAGAGCGGACGUGGAACUGCAUCCCAACUCAGAAUCAAUUCCAUUACUUAUCGACAGGAGAACAAAUUCAGGCAGCUACGGACCAAUUUCCUCAGGGUUCUGGAUAGAUGUCAUCGGACCAAAGACCAGGCGGUUCAUCGGCUGCCUGCUCGCUGUUGUGUCAGGCCUGCUGUACGGCUCCUCCUUCGCACCCAUCCUCUACAUUAAGAGCCAUUCGUCGUGCCGUGACAGCAUGUUCCAUGGAGCCAGUGUCUAUGACCUGGAUUAUGUCCAUGCACAGUGCUCUGGCAUUUUUGUUGCAAGCACAGUGUACUUUGCCAUUUACUGUGCUGCCAUGAAAAACAGGCCCAGGGUCUACUCCAGAGCCAUCCUACCGGGUCUGUUGUCGGGAUUGAUGUGGGCAUUGGCCACGUACUGCUGGUUUCUGGCCAAUAACUACUUAAGUGCAGUCAUUACCUUUCCCAUUGUCAGUGCAGGAUACGGUCUAGUUGCAGCACUGUGGGGUUCCUUGGUGUUCAGAGAAAUUAAGGGGUUAGCUAACUGCUUCGUCUUCAUCUUGGCCUCCUGUGUCGUGCUGACCGGUUCCUUGCUGACCGCCAUCUCAAAGCUGCAAUAAUAUAAAGUAACAUAUUUGCUUGUGGUUGUCAUAUUUACAUUAUAUACAAAUAUUUACCCCAGUUCUCAAAUGGAAUUAGAUAAUACUGGCCUUGGUUUUGUGAAACUCUUUGAACCCCAUUGAAAUGAACCAAAAUACAUGGUGGUUGAGCUGAAUGUAAAUCUUUGUUAGUCGGAAAAUGUAAUUUUGAUCCAGCAGAGUUUAUACUCUAAGCUAACAUUUGGUGGCAGUGUCUUACAGUAUUGACCCUCAUACUUCCUGGUUGGUUCAAAGGGAAGGUUUGCUCCUGAACUGUCUUUGUUGUAAAUAUAUCUGUUGAAAAUAUAUUUUGUCACCUGUGUUUUGUUCAGUUGCUGCUAAUAAAAUGCACAUAAAACAUGUUUAA